AUGACACCUUUUAGGGCACUCUAUGGCCAAGAUCCACCAUCUCACUUGAAGUCUAUUGAUAACUGUUUGAUGAUUGAUGAGGUGAACCAACAAUUACAGGAUCACAACUUCAUAUUACAAGAAUUGAAGGACAACCUUGUUAAGACUCAAAACCGCAUGAAAUGCUAUAGUGAUGGGAAACGACGGGAGGUAACUUUUAUUGUGGGUGAAACAGUUUAUUUGAAACUUCAACCUUACCGUUUCCGCUCUUUAGCUACCAGAUUAAAUGAGAAGCUAAGCCCCCGAUAUUAUGGCCCUUUUCUGAUUGCCGAUAAUAUAGGCAAAGUAGCUUACUGGCUGACACUACCAUCGACCGCCCGAAUCCAUAAUGUGUUCCAUGUUUCUCAACUCAAGAAGGCCACAUUCCCUCCACCUAUGACUCAACCCCUACUAGACAACCUUGAUAAAGAUAUGGUUCUCAAUGUUGAGCCUGAAGAAGUGUUGAAAAUGCGUCUGUUAUUGAAUAGAGAUUAUGAAGUCCUUAUCAAAUGGCAAGGGCUACCUCACUAUGAAAACACAUAG